GUUUAAUUAAAAACAUUGAGUUACACUUUUAUACUUUAUUAAAAAUACCAACAAAUUAGACCAAAUCAAAAUUAAAUAAUUAAGGGAACGGCGAAAGUGCAAAAUAAGUAAUUAAUAUCAUAAUGGGACAAUCGCAUUCAUCAGAAGUAACACAGCAUAAUCAAUCAAAAAGAAGAUCCUUCCUGAUAACACCCAAAAAAUUGAUCAAGCUACGUAGGCAAACAUCACAUGAAAAUUCAGGAACUUCUCAACAGGCCAAUAAUACGCAGACGUCAUUCUUAGGGGAAAGAGAUUAUCACAAAACAGCUGAUAGACACGAACAAACGACGACCAAAACAAACCAUGAUAUCGAUAUACAAUCACUACCAACGUACGAAACAGAACCAGUUUUUAACCGGCAUAAAGAGACAACGCACACAAAUGCAAAUGUUGAAGCAUCAAAGCACAACGAAAUAGCAGCGUUCAGUCAUGAAUCGACUACGAAAGACGAGAGUUUGAUUGAAGAAAAUUUAUUACAACAAUUGCGUGAAUUAAUUGAACAUUUAUUAUGUGGUGGCGAUCGCAUAGAUGGUGAUAUUGUGCUUGAGAUAGAUUCAAUUGAGAAGACAUUAAAAAUCUUGCCGCAACAAAGUUCAUUGGUCAGAGGAGAACUUGAAGAAAUUCCACCAUCAUCGGUAUCAUCACAAGGGAAUUUCAUUAUAAUUCGCGAACACGUUACACCUUCAAGUGCCGAUACUGUUUUCACAGAUGCUGUAUCGACGGUAUCACAGCAAAAUAACAAUAAUUAUAUUUCGCAAAAUUUAAGUGUUACAAAAUUAGAGCAAUUUGAUAUUGCUAGUGAUAUACUAAAGUGUGAAAUUGUGCGUAAUGAAUCAUUUAAUGUUGAUGGAAUAGAACGAGAUUUUGAGGACGAAGACAUGCCGAUUGUAAAAAACAGCACAUCAAAUGGACAAGAUGGUAGUGAUAAAGGAAUAUUCAAUGUGUCACGUAUUAAGAAAGUUGAACUGUCGGAAAUUCCAUUGGCAUCGGAUAUCUGCAACAAUGCAUCGUCGUCGACAAUUCCUGAACAGCAAACUGUAACAGCACAGAAAUCAGUAACAUCGAAUGGAAGUGGAAGUAAAGUUCUACAUCGAGUCAUUUCCCUAACGACUGCUAAUCACAAUGACAGCAAUAAUUUUACAAAGCAAACGACAAAACCUCCAUUCAUUCCUGAGAAAUUGCAGUUUUCUGCAUUCGAGAAAUUUGAAGGUCAAAUGCUGAUGAAUUGGUUCAUUCAGUCGAUUCCUGCAUCACUCACAACAUCACUGAAUGAAAGUGAUUUGAACGCCCUCACCAUGCAAUAUUGUACUAAUUUAUUAAUUGCCGGUAUUAUUAAAUCGCUGGAUACGACAAAUAUUAACAAUAGUAAUGGCAUUGAAGUUUUCAAGUCAAACUUAAUGUAUCAGUGGACAUAUAAAGAACAAAAACAAACAAGUGGACCUGGAAAAUUAGAAGCAGGAGCCUUAUGGCCACACAAUAAUAACAAUAACAAUAAUAACAAUGAAAAAAAGGUGCUUAAUAGUAGUUCAAGUCCUACGAAACGUCAAAUUGAUGGCGAAUCAAAAAUUCCUAAAUUGGUAUCAAACUUUACAUCAACUCCAAAGCCUCGCGUUCCACAACCAGCCAGCUUAUCCACACCUGAAAACUCAUUAUUGCUCAAUGGAAUCGAAUUUGAUCAAAACUUAAAGAUUGCCGAACUUAAAAGUAAGCUGAGCAAGUGUGAAACGAUACAGGAAACAUUGAUGCUGAUAAGAUGCUUUCUUAGUGAAUAUGCGAUGCAGUCGUCAGAAUCUAGCACGAAUAGUAGUGUUGCAUUGACAAAAUCAAUUUUGAAUGGAUCUGAUUCGACGAUAUUUGAUAAGAACAAUGAAGAACAGACAUUGUUUAGUAUUACUCAAAAGCCGGAAAGUAUUAUGAAAACUCCCGUGUCAUCUCGAACAUCAACAAUGGCAGUGAGAAGUACAAAAUCUCGUACAUCACCAAGUACACCGACAUCAAAUCGCAAUGAUAUAACAUCAAGGCAAAGAUUUCGUCGGAAUUUAUCAACAGAUUCAGUCUCAACGCUGCCAAAUAAAGAGACUAGCAAUAACAAUAAUGUCACUAAUGUCAAUAAUACUGGACUGUGUAAAAAAUGCAUGCUUAUAUCACCAGCAAGAACAAGUACAGCAGCAACAACAACAGCUCCUAUAAAGCGAUUUGUCGAUAAAGCGACAGUUAUGGAUGUUGAGCCUCUUACUAUGAUAGAGAAACGUCCCGAUUUCAAGCAUGUUGAAAUUCAGACUGAUGAUUUAGUGAUUAUUGAAGAAAAAGAUAUGAAAAAGGAAGAAAAUGUUGAGGAAAAGAAGACUGAAAUUUCUACAAAUAUUCCAAUGCCACCACCUUUACCUUUUCUACAGCCAAAUUCUUCAAAUUCUACAAUACCUCCCCCUCCUCCCCCGAUGCCAAUGCCUAUACCUCCCCCGCCAAUUCCUCCUGCCCCACCUAUUUUAAAUGCCCCAAAACCCCCGCCAGGACCACCUCCACCUCCAAAUGCUUUAAAUCUCCAUAAAGGACCAUGCCCAUUGCCUCCACCAAUCUCAAUGGCAACUCCAGGUAAAUCGCAAAUAAUGACAAACUCAUUCAACUCAUCAAAUUUGACAGCUAAUGGAAAUAAGCCAAAACCCUUGCCCCUACCAGCUUCAGAUUUUUAUCAAACGAAUACACUACGAAAAAAUGCUGUAAAUCCGCCAAAGCCAAUGAAACCAUUGUAUUGGACAAGAAUAGUAACGCCAAUAAUCAUGCAGCAGCAACAGCCACAAGAUACAACAGAUGGCAAGACAUCACCUGAUGAAAUGAAGGAAGAAAAAGAUGAAUUAUGGAAGGAAAUUGACGAGACAAAUCUAGACAAUCUUGAUGAAUUUACUGAGCUGUUUUCGCGUCAAGGCGUCGUACCAAGAGUUUUGAAGGAGACGACAACAAUGCCUAAAAAAAUUAAAGCAAUUAAGAUAUUAGAUAGUAAACGAUCUCAAAAUGUUGGAAUAUUUGUGCGUAGCAUACACGUUGAUUUUGCUGAGAUAGAGCAUGCAAUUUAUCACUGCGAUACAUCAGUUGUGAGUCAAGAGACGUUGCAAAGUAUUAUGGCAAUAAGAGCAACAAAUGAGGAAUUAUCGAUGAUUAAGGAAGCAAUUGCUUCACAUAAUGGCACAGAAUCGCCUCCGCUUGACGCACCCGAACACUUUUUAUUAAGAAUAUCUGAAAUCUCAUCGUCGGCGGAGCGUAUAUCAUGUAUUGUGUUUCAGGAUGAAUUUGAGGAGCAAUGUAUUAUGGUAUCACGUAAAGUACAUAUUGUAAAGAGCUUAUGUGAAUUUUUAUUAGAGAAUGAACGCUUAAAGGAAGUAUUUUCGAUAAUUUUAACGCUUGGAAAUUUCAUGAAUGGCGGCAAUAGACAGCGUGGACAAGCAGAUGGAUUUGGUUUGGAGAUUCUGGGAAAGCUCAAGGAUGUCAAAUCAAAAGAUCCAAAAAUUACUCUCCUUCAUUUCAUCGUUAAAACUUACAUUACACAUGCCAGAAAAAGUUGUGGGUUGACUGAGAUUGAAUUGCCUAUACCAGAUCCAAAUGAUGUCGAUAAAAGUCUUCACAUUGAUUUUGUUGAAUGUCAGCAACAACUGAAUGCAUUGAAGAAUAAAGUUGAAGAAUGCAAAAAGACAACAGAGAAAGUAAUUGUAGCAUCAGCCGUAGAACACGUCCAACCAUUUAAAGAUAAAAUGGAAGCAUUUCUAAAAAUGGCAACGAAGAGGAUUGAGAGUCGAUUGCUGAAAGUCGAGGAAUGUAAAGUGCUAUUUAUGAAGACACUCAAGUUCUACAAGUACUUGGCAAAGAGUGGAACAAUCGAUGAAACGACACCAGCACAAUUCUUUGAAUAUUGGACCUCAUUUACCAGUGACUUUAAUAUGAUUUUCAAAAAGGAAAUUGUGAUACUUACUAAUGAGCUUCUAAAGAAAUCACGUCAACAGACGAAGCCACAGUCGAAACCAUCACAAGGAGAGAAUAAUUUGAAGGCACGCAUCAAUCGUCUUAAGAGUCGUGAAAAAUGAAUGUUAUUAGAACUGAAUGUAACAUGCAAUGUAAAAGGCUACAAUUUUUUUUUAAAAAAAGAGUGAAUUUUAGGCAUUUAUAGGAAUUAAUUUAUAUUUCUGUGAGAAGAAUUGAAACGCAAUGUACUCAAAAAAAUAAUAAUAAUAAUAAUAUUGUUCAUGUCGUCAAAGUUUUUUGGAAUUUUAUAAAAAAUUUAUUGUGAAAAAGUGUUGAUUUUAAGAAGAUAUGAACAAAGCUAAUGUAUUUUUAAAGUCACAGAUGUAUUUUUUAAAUGAAAUAUUUGUAAAAUUUAAUUUUGUGAAAUUUUUUGAAUCAAAAAAUCAUAAAAAAAAGAAAACUAGUGCACACUUACAAUUUUAAUAGAAACAUUUAUCUACAAUGAGAUUCACACACAAUAUCCAAUUCAAAUCUACCUUAUAGAUCUAAUCUAUUCAUCUCUAUCUCUCUCUGUAUUGACUCUUCCUUACUGAGUUCGUCCUCAGUUCGCCUUUCAAUCACGUACACGAUAAAAUAUAUGAUAAUUUAGUGGACUCGUAGUGAUCAGAAAAUUUCAAUGAAAUAGGAUAUAUUAUAUUUAAUGAAAAUCUAAAUUAAAUGAAUAAAAAAUUGAUAGAAAAUU